UCUCUCUCUCUCUCUCUCUCUCUCGUGUCAUAUAAGAGGAAGAGUCCAUAUUGUGUUUCUUCGGCUUUGCUUUUUAUGGGAAUGCGACACAAUCAACCGUUUUCUUAGCGUCCAAACAUCUUCCGGAUUUCCCCUUUUCUUUAAAGAUCCCCUUUUUUCCGCUAGAUUCUGGUGAUCUCCUCCGCCUCGUCUUCUCUUGCAUGGCCGUCAAUCUCCUGUGAUCGACCCUUCUUCUUCGUCCGAGAAUCUUCGAGGGCCUCAGGUGUUUCCUUGAAAGGCUUCAAUGGUGGUUUCGGAUUCUGGGACCGGCAUCGAUGUCGCCAUGGCGACGGAGGGUGGAGUCCGAAGGUUUGGGGAUCUCGACCGGCUCCGUCGUCGGAAGCCAGGAUCGACGGCCAACGGAGUUGUCUCCGAGGGUUCGCUGGAGGAUGAUGGUGGUGGACCGGCGGAUGACGUGAGGGAUCGGAUGGAUUCCGUCAGCGCCGCGACGGAACCCGCGAAUUCGGCCGGAGAUUACGGCGGGAAUGCUGAGAUUAGGGCAACCGGCGAAGGCGGAGGCGAAGUUGACGUACGGUUCAGGUAUCGGCCGUCGACUCCCGCUCAUCGGAGUGUGAGGGAGAGUCCGCUCAGCUCCGACGCAAUCUUCAAACAGAGCCAUGCCGGGCUAUUCAACCUCUGUAUAGUUGUGCUUAUUGCUGUGAACAGCAGGCUAAUCAUCGAAAACUUGAUGAAGUACGGUUGGUUGAUCAGGACAGGUUUCUGGUUUAGUUCAAGGUCACUGCGAGAUUGGCCCCUUCUCAUGUGUUGUCUUUCGCUUCCGAUAUUCCCACUGGCCGCCUUUGUACUUGAGAAGUUAGUGCAACGGAAGUGGAUAUCUGAACCCGUUGUCAUCAUUCUUCAUAUUAUCAUCACUACAACAGAGGUCUUAUAUCCAGUUCUUGUGACACUAAGGUGUGAUUCUGCCUUCUUCUCGGGUGUCCUUUUGAUGCUCUUCACUUGCAUCGUGUGGCUAAAGUUAGUUUCAUAUGCUCAUACUAACUAUGACAUGAGAACCCUAGCCAAGUCGGGUGAUAAGGCCAAUUCUGAAGUCUCGUACAAUAUUAACCUGAAGAGCUUAGCAUAUUUCAUGGUUGCCCCCACAUUGUGUUACCAGCCAACCUAUCCUCGUUCUCCAUGUAUUCGAAAGGGUUGGGUGGUUCGUCAAUUUGUCAAAUUGAUCAUAUUCAAUGGACUCAUGGGAUUUAUAAUAGAACAAUAUAUAAAUCCUAUUGUUCAGAACUCGAAGCAUCCGUUAAAAGGGGAUCUCUUAUACGCCAUAGAGAACUUAUACGUAUGGCUCUGCAUGUUCUACUGCCUUUUCCACCUUUGGUUAAACAUAUUGGCAGAACUUCUUAGAUUCGGAGAUCGUGAAUUCUACAAGGACUGGUGGAAUGCGAAAAGUGUGGGUGAGUAUUGGAAAAUGUGGAAUAUGCCUGUUCAUAGAUGGAUAGUUCGCCAUAUAUACUUUCCAUGCUUACGCCACGGGAUACCUAAGGUGGCUGCCAUUGUCAUUGCUUUUCUAGUAUCCGCCAUUUUUCACGAGCUCUGCAUUGCAGUUCCCUGCCGUGUAUUCAAGUUGUGGGCUUUCAUCGGGAUCAUGUUUCAGGUGCCAUUGGUUUUCAUCACAAACUACCUGCAAGAAAGAUUCGGUUCGAUGGUGGGAAACAUGGUGUUCUGGUUCACCUUCUGCAUAUUUGGGCAACCAAUGUGUGUCCUUCUCUAUUACCACGACCUUAUGAACCGCAAAGGAAAGUCCUCUUAGUGUGAAGUUUUCGUCGCUCUCAGGUCGUCAUCAUCCACCCUUGUUCUAACCAUCUUUGUUCGAUCGAACCACUGUUUGUAUAGACAAAAUUUUGCUCAAGUUCAAGUUCAAGUUGUUCAUCAUCUGUCUCUCGAUCUGUGUUUUUGGAAUAAGACAGAGCUCUGUUUUUGGUAGAGAGGAUCUUGAGUUCAAAGGCAGUAAAAUGAAACAGAGCAUAUGUCGCUUUA